ACAUGCCUCAGCUGUGAGAGGCCCUACUUCCCUUGGCUGGCUGGCAUCCCAGAGCAGAGGCAGAGAGAGAGACGAGGUGCGUGAGCCCGAGGGUGAAGAGAAAGUUUAAGUGUAAAGUAGACUAGGAAGAAGCAAACAAGUGGUGGAGAAAGUUGUCUGAAAGAAAAGAGAAAGGAUUAAGGUCUGAUUUUUGAGCAGCGUGGCUCCUGCAGGUUGUGUUUCAGUAGUGUAUUUUUAUCUGUAGUGAGUGUGCGGGCGGUUUGUAUUUGGAGUGGACAGCCAUGGCGGAUACAGGUGUCAAGAAGGAGCACGCAGUCCUAGAAGUGCCGUACGAUGACGACGAAGUAGCUCUGGUGGGCGCUGCCACCGAGCCGGCGGCAGACGACGACGACCCUGCUGAGGAGGUGGACCUGGUGCUGGCCGCUGGCUCUGGAGGCAAGAGUGAAGCGCAGAUGAACGGGGUCAUGGUUCUGGCCCUGCUAGACAAGAUCAUCGGGGUGGUGGACCAGAUCCAGCAGACCCAGAACGGGCUCGAGGCCCGGCAGGAGGCCAUGGAGAAGUCAGUGUCGACCAUCCAAGGGGAGCUGGCUAAGUUGUCCAAGAACCACAUCGGCACAGCCAACACCGUCAACAAGAUGCUGGAGAAGGUCCGCAAGGUCAGCGUCAACGUCAAGACGGUGCGCAGCAACCUGGAGAAGCAGGCAGGCCAGAUCAAGAAGCUGGAGAGCAACGAGAACGAGCUGCUCAAGAGGCGCAACUUCAAAGUCCUCAUCUACCAGGACCAAGUAAAGCCAUCCAAAGCCAAGCCUGCAGAGACAGUCGUUGAAGGAAAAGCCGUGGAGGGCCUUGAGCAGAUUCCUGAGGAGGGACGAGAGGGACUCCCAGACAACAUCAAUUCAGAUGAGGAGGUGGAGAUUGAGGAGAUUAUCGAGGAGUCUCGCACCAAACGCCUCCAGCGCUCCACCAAGCAGCAAGUGGAUAACAUAAAGAAAGCCUUCUCCAAGGAGAAAAUGGAGAAGACCAAGCUAAAGACCAAGGAGAACUUGGAGAAAACCAAGCAGAGAACCCGCGAGAACCUGGAGAAGACAAGACAGAGAACACGUGACAACCUGGAGAAAACCAAGCACAGCCUGGAGAAGAAGAUAGGCAAGCUCGGGACCCGUAUGACCCCCAGCCAGGAGCGCAGGGUGAAGAUGAAGAGCUCCAAAGACAAGGUGAAGAAGUCCCUUACCCCUGACCACACGGUGUACGCUCGCUCCAAGACCACUGUGUACCGCGUGCCCCCCUUCACCUUCCACGUCAAGAAGAUCCGAGAAGGGGAGGAGGAGGUGCUGCAGAACACAGAGAUGGUGGAGGUGACCGAGGCCGAGGGCCAGCCAGGAGGAGAGGAGAACGGGCUGGGUGUCAACGUGGAGGUGGAGGAAGAGGAGCUGGUGAGUGUAGACAGCCCGGAGAUGGAGGCUCUUCUGGAGGUGACUGAGGACUCUCAGCUGGUCAGGGUGGAGCCAGGCCACUUAAAGAAGGCCCAAAGUGAAUAGAGCCUCCCAGCUGUGCAGGGCUGUGAAGGCAGAGAUAAAAGGAAGAAGACGGGAACCGAUUCUUAAAGAAUAAUGAGUCUAAUCACAAGGACACAACAUUAGUCGUAGGGACUCUCAAGACAUGAUCACAAUCUAUGACAUCGCAUUUGUUUUCUGUUCUCUUUUUAUUGUACCCAACAGGGAUGACUUUCAUAUUUGCUCCUCUUUGGCAUACAAACAAAAACAAAGCUAGCUUAUGAAACAUGCUGCAGGCUGGGCUGGUAAUCUUACACUUGUAUGUUUAUUCUAUCAUUGUUUAUUGUUGGUUUGGUAAAUUGACAUAUAAAGCUAUAAGGAAGAAAGGUAUAAAUAGUCUUUGCCGUUGAGAUGUAAUGUGUAAUAUAAUAUUUGCCAUGUAUGAUAUGCACAAGGUAAGGUAACAGGAAGUUGUUGGCAGGAUUUCUGUUUUAAUGGCUGGUUUUGGUGAUGUCAUGUGCAAAACAAAUGUGGGCAAAGAUUUUGGUCUACAGAAGAGAUGAAGACAGAGGAGGCAGGAGUAGAGGUUUUCCUUGUCUUAAAAGUUUACAGAAACAUUACCCCUGAUGUGCAAAAAGCAUGAGGGCACAAAGCUUGUUUACAGCAAGUCACUCAGGCUUUGUGCUUAAUGCUACAAUAUAAUGUUUCUCAAUUUAAAUGACAGAUGUAAAUGAAUAGAAAUAGAGUGUGAUGUCUGCUACAUUAUAUCUUGGACAUUUAAACACUGAGAAAUUCAACUAACUUGAGAGAAUAAUUUAAUAAUCAAGACCAGGUGUUUUACCUCCUUGAAACGCAAGUCAGGAUCCUGCAUGGACAUUUCUGUGCUUUCAUUAAAAAAAUAGCAAUAAAGGAUUAUGAAGCCUUAGAAGAAUCAGUAGUCCCCCACUGAGGUUAAUAAAUUAUGUGGGGAGAUAUCUCUAAUUUCUCUCUUCUCUAUUCUUGGUUCUAAUUGAUCACUCAUUUAAAAUUUAAGAUAGUAAAAUACUUAAAGUUGAUGUUAGUGAAAUUCAGGAUGAAACCUUUGUAUUAAACCGGGUUUAUCUGCAAUGCACACUUGAAAACACGGUCCGAUCACCUUUCACUGCAAUACAAUAUUUUGAUGUAUGUUCAUGCUAUUUUAGUGCAACUGGACAUGUUGUGCUCACCGACUUCCACAUAGAGGAGAAGAAAAACGACUGUGUCACCAUGGUCACAGCUCAUCACAGUACAUUUCCACAUCCCUAUUAAAUUUUCCCAAGGUAAUUGCAGGCAGAAAAAUGAUGGUCUAAAGAGCAAGAAGACAGUUUAAUGACUGACUACGUAACACGAUGCAAAUACCAUCCCAAAUUGUGGUAGUGAGAAGUUUUAGAAAUGGCAUGGCACUUUAUUAAAUGUCAGAACACCAGAACAGCGUGAUGCAGUCCAAGAACGUUUUGCAGAAACCAGGUGGAAAUGUUCACACUGAAGCUGUCUGACCUUAAUUCAGAAAUAAAUCCAUGUUAGUUAGAGAAGACAAUCGUGCAGGAUUAGAGGAAGCCAAAACAGUUGAAUUGUAAUUAGCUAAGCCUGAUGUAAACUGGCAUUUUCUAUCACUGCCACUUUGGUAAGACGAGCACACAAAGAUCUUCUUACAUUUUCCUCCUGAAAGACUGUGUGAUUUUGAUGUGGUGUAGGCAUGCAGAAGCCCACUGUGUAGCAUAGAGCACCAUUAAAAUAAUCAAUGGGCUGGGGAAUGCAAUUAAGGAGAGUGCUCCCUUUGAGCACUGAGCAGAGCAGAGAACAGGGUGAAGGAUAGAAAAUAAAGGAUGUGUGUCCGUGUCUGUGUGUCUGAGGGUGUGCGUGCGCAUGCUCGUGUGCGAGAUUGUAAAGAGUAAGUAUGUGCAUACCAUACGAAUCAACACUGACAUUUUUAUUUUAGCAUCAAGUGGAAAUUUCAUGGAGGCGCAUGAAUUACAGGCUUGUGAAAUCACAUAGACCUUUCACAGUAUCUUUUUUUAUAAAUUUUUGACAGAGCUAUCCUUAUUGUCUCAUCAAACAUCGAAACACUUGUAAGAUAUUGGUCCCAUUUUUAAAAAAAAAGUGUGUUUUUGCCACCAUGUAUAUUUUGCCUUGUUUUGGGCUACUGCUUAUUAAUAAAUGGAACCAGCCUGCUGUAAGCGUGAGUUGGGUCAUGUAUUGCUUAUAUUGAGACAUUUUCAUUUUGAAAAAUGAUCAGUUGCACUGCUGCAACAUAUAACUCUUGCCUUUUUCUGUAGUGUUUAAGGCCUUUUUUGCCUAUAAAUAAAAGCUGA